AACACCCGCCUUGCCUUCUCUCUCUUUCGCGACGGAGAAGACGGUGAAGUAGAAUCGACUCAAGCCGCGGCGAGCAGCAGCGGCGCCGCCCAACGCCGCCGUCCUUCGCGAUUCCGAUGGCCGACGCGAUUCGGCCGUCCGGCGAUUCGCCCUCCGCUCCGUCCCCUCUGGAUCCUCCUUCCCGCACCAUCUGCCACGUGUGCCAGAAACAAUUCUCGCAGUACACUUGCCCUCGAUGUAACUCCCGGUACUGUUCCCUGCAAUGCUAUAAGUCUCACAGUGUUAGGUGCACGGAAUCGUUCAUGCGAGAGAAUGUAGUUGAGGAGCUGCGCCAUGUCCAAUCGGACGAUGCGACGAAGAGAAAGAUGCUGGACAUACUUAAAAGACUCCAUUCACAAGAGGAGGAAGAGAGUAUGGAUGAGGACGGUGAAGAUUCGGGUCUCUCUGAGGAGCUUAUAGAAAAGAUUUUAUCAGGUGGACAGAUUAGUUUGGACGAUCUGUCUGCAGAAGAUAAGAAACGGUUUCACAGAGCUGUGGCAUCUGGAGAACUGAGCAAGAUGAUUGAUCCAUGGGAACCAUGGUGGCUGAAGCCUUCUGCUGGGAAAGUACGUCUUAGCCAAGAUGGGACUCAGCUUGUUCAACCGCUUGCUAAGGAAGAAGAAUCAGGGUUGUCAGAAGCUGAUACUGGUAGUUCCUAUUUGAGCGAUAUCCCUCCUGGUCCUGAAACUCCAUUACCACCACUUAGCAAGCUUAGCUCAACACCACCCUCUCCACUUCUAGCUGUUCACCUGGUCGACAUCGUAUAUAGCUACUGUUUCACAAUUCGCCUCUACAAUGGAGAUUGGCGGUCAGAUGCAGUGGGUUCGUCGAUGGUCAUUCUGAGUGUGUCUUCUGUCCUGGGUCAAAGUGGCCAGCCAGAAACCAUGCUCGAAGCUUUAUCUUAUUGCCUAGAGCAGACUUGCUCUCCUGCUUAUCGACAUGUGGGUGGCUUAAAAUUUGGGAUGGCUCUUAUAGACGAUGUUUUGAGCGUCCUUUCUCUUGGAACCUCUGCUCUAAUCUGCCUUCUUAGCGACCUUCAGAGGCUUGUUCAGGCUGGAGAGAGGGAAAUGAAGCUGGAGAAGCCGAAGAGAUCAAGGAGGACAGAUGUCAAGAACAAGCUUAAGCUCGCCGAAAGGAAAGUUUAUUUCAUCAUGUGUUGGGUCCAUGAGCAGCCUGGGGAGGCUUGGCCUUCCUUGGCAACGAUUGUAGCUGCUGAGAAAAAGGCAGCUUUAGUUCAUGAAGAUGGCAAAAGGGUAGAAAAGAAUGGUGAUGAAGGUGUGAUCCGCGGAAAGACUUUGAUCAAGGAGGUCGAGUAAUGCCGCGUCAUCUACUUAAGAGUUUUGACCUUUUGCGGUUGCAUUUUCUCAUGUGGCAGAGUUUCUUUGAAGCUGCCAUUCCAGUGCGACCGUCAGUUAAUCUCAGGAAAGAAAUCUUAAGAUCUUGACUGGUUUCUUAGUUUUUGUUGGUUGGGAUGCAUAUGACAGAAGCCAGGGCGAAGGUCUCUGAGAUCGAGAGCGAAGAAAGUAGUGAAGUUGUCUAGCUCUCUGUGUUGAUUCACGAAAAAGGCUAACCGUCUUCUUGUUGAACUGAUAGAACAACUGUUGCUUUCGGCUUCAGGUGGUACCGCGAUAGGUUUCUGGUGUUUCAUUGCCGGAGUAUAAAUUACAGGCGACAGAUGUUAUCUGUAUCUAGGACUCUUGGGAGUCUGGAAAUAAUGUACGUCCAUAGUUGAGCUAACUUGCAAAUCUUGAAGUUUACCAAUGGGAACCAAAUAGAGUAUCCUUCUUCUCA